AUGGCGACGCAGGGUGGUGGUGCUUUCACAAAGUACAACUGGGAAGAUCCCCUCGACUUGGACCACUUCCUUACCGACGAAGAACGCGAAAUCUCGAAUUUGGCUCGUGAUUACUGUCAAACUCGUUUACAGCCUCGCGUACUUGAACAGUCCCGUCAAGAAAGCGGCGAUCACAAGGAGAUUCUUAUGGAAAUGGGUGAGCUCGGAUUCUUGGGUCCUACGAUCGAGGGGUACGGAUGCGCUGGUGUGUCCUCCAUUGCCUACGGGUUAAUCAACCGCGAAAUUGAAAGAGUCGACUCUGGAUACCGCUCCACAUCCUCCGUCCAGUCCUCCCUCGUCAUGCACCCCAUCAACACCUUCGGAACUCAAGAACAAAAGGACAAGUUCCUUCCUAAACUCGCCAAGGGAGAAAUCGUUGGAGCUUUCGGACUCACCGAGCCCAACCACGGCUCAGACCCUGCGUCAAUGGAGACAACCGCGAAGGAGAAUAGUGACGGGACCUACGAACUCAAUGGCUCCAAGACCUGGAUCACCAACUCACCGAUCGCGGACGUGAUCGUCGUUUGGGCCAAAUGCCAAUGGGACGGAAAGAUCCGUGGCUUCUUGGUUGAGCGCGGGAUGUCCGGUCUCGAGACGCCGCAGAUCAAGAACAAGAUUGCGUUGAGGGCUUCGGUGACGGGUAUGGUCCUCAUGGACGGCGUCAAGGUUCCGAAGGAGAACAUGUUCCCUGACGUGACAGGGUUAAAGGGCCCCUUCUCCUGCCUCAACAAUGCCCGUUUUGGGAUUGCGUGGGGAACGAUGGGCGCGCUCGAAGGUGCACUUGAUAUUGCGAGGACGUAUGCGUUGGAGAGGAAGCAAUUCAACAAGAGCCUCGCUGAGUUCCAGCUUGUGCAGAAGAAGCUCGCACAGGUCAACACCGAAAUCGCACUUGGUCUUUCUGCUGCGUGGAUGGUCGGCAAAGCCAAGCAGGACGGCCGCUUGGCGACGGAGAUGGUCUCGUUGAUUAAGAGGAAUAACUGUGACAAGGCACUUCAGGGAGCGAGGUUGUUGAUGGAGAUCUUUGGGGGGAAUGCGGCUGCGGAUGAGUAUCAUAUUGGAAGGAUUGUGAACAACUUGUUCGUUGUGCAGACGUAUGAGGGACAGAGUGAUAUCCAUGCGUUGAUCUUGGGAAGGGCGAUUACUGGACACCAGGCUUUCUACUGA